UAGAUAGAUAGAUAGAUAGAUAGAUAGAUAGAUAGAUAGAUAGAUACUACAUCCUCAUUAACCAAAGGAAAGGAAGGAGGCGCAGAGGGAAACAGCGAGUGCGCUUUACAAAAAAUCCAGAUACUAUUUAAUUCUUUCCAUUCAUCACUCAGAUUUAGUAUAAAACGGACCAUUGGCAUCCAUGUCUUCAUCAAUAUCAGGAGAUUUUGUUACCGAGUGCUAUUUGACAGCUCUUUUAAUUUUUGACUUUCAACAACAUCUUUUUGCUUUCUUGUCUCACACAACUACAAUGGCACUUUGGAAAUGUAUCGCUUUGCUGUGUCCAUUUCUUUUUUUCGCCCAAAUUUGUUCAAUGCCAACAAAAUGCAUGCAGCGGGAUCUCGUGGUGGAAACUCACAGUCUACUUGAGAAUAUGGGAGGGCUUUUUCCUCGUGAAUGCUUAAAAGAAAACGUUAAAAUAACCUUCCCGAAAUCUGCACUGCAAUCAAAUGACUCCAAUCAGAACACUGGUGUAGCAGAGGCAGUGUAUAAAAUCAUGGAGCACAUUGACUACCUGUUUGCUAACGAUAGUCAUCCAGAAUCCUGGAACCAGAAGAAAGUGGAGGAUUUCCAAAACAUAGUUUAUCGUUUAUCUAUAAUGGAGAGAAAGCAUGAGCGACCCGUGGAUUUUCCCACAAGAGGAGAUGCACUGAAAACCUAUUUUGAUAAACUGGCCACUCUCCUCAGAAACAAGGACUACAGUGUCUGCGCUUGGGAGGUGGUUCGAAAGGAGCUCCUGCUUGUUCUUGAAUUCACGCUUGAACUUAAAUCAUUCUGUUAAUUUAUUCUGAGUAGUUUUUCGUAAAUUAUGCUAUUUAUUUAUAUAACUUAU